CACUGAGUUGCUGGUUUGUCGUGGUUUCGGUCUCUUUUCAGUUCACACACACAGACACGCACAGCUGUGUCUGUCUUAAAGGAGCAGAGAUACAGUACAGCACCAUGAACAACACCAACGAUACCUUAGAGGACAGCGCUCCGGAGCUGAGUUGUGUGAAUGCAGUGUAUACAGUCUCUGCCGCGGUGUACGGCUGUGUGAUGGUACUGGGCCUGCCGCUCAACGCCGUGUCACUCUGGGUUCUGCUCCGCCGUCACGGCCUCAAAUCCUCCAGCGCUGUCUUCAUGAGCCACCUGGCUCUGUCCGACCUGCUGCUGGUGCUCUCCCUGCCCACCCGGGUCUACUUCUACACCACAGGCACCUGGCCCCUGGGCAUCCAGGCCUGCACGGCCACCACCAUGCUGUUCCGUAACAACAUCCGCUCCAGCGCUGUCUUCAUCACCUUCAUUGGCCUGGACAGGCUGCUGGCUGUGGUCUACCCUCUAAGAACCCGCCACAUCCGCACCACCACCAAUGCCUGGAAAGCCUGUGUCUUCAUCUGGAUCCUGAUCGUGGCGGUCAACAUCCCAGAGGCCCUGUACUUCAUCAGUCAGAUGAAGAGCUGUAACGCCACUGACAAAUGCUUUGAGUUUACUCAAGAAUGUGCCUUGAAUGUGCAGAUAGCUGGUUACGUGCAGUUCGGGCUGGUGUUCGCCAUGCUGGGGGUCAACGUGGUCUCCACCGCCAUGGUGUCCUGGACUCUACACAGGCACCUCAGCGAUGCUGCCAUGGUCAACAAUAAGAUGAACGUCAUGCUGAUCUUCACCAUCAACCUUCUGAUGUUUAUUGUCUUCUUCCUGCCCUCCUCCAUCGUGCUGAUGCUCGGUAUCAGGCAGGCUAUCAUGCCCAUGUUCUGUCUGACCAGCAUCAACUGUUGUCUAGAUCCACUGUUGUACUGCUUCUCUUUAGAUGCUUUCUGGAAGAAGAGUGUUCUGACGUAGAGGUUUCACUGGCCAGAUCACAUGAAAGUAGAUUAGGGAGCACAGUGAGAAACGACUACCGGUGGAGAUAGUUUGAGGAAACUGCGUCAACAUGUGUUCCUAAAUAUUCCACAAUUUAUAGUUAAAUGUUCAAUUCUAUUUUGCUAAAUGUCACUCAUUUUCUUU